UGUGUAUAUCCUCGUUGUCAUGACGCUUGACCGGUUCCUCAAAAUAGUUUUUCCCUUUAAAGUGUGGUUACACUUUUCCAAGCGUGUUGUACAUGGUGUUCUCAUCGUUGGCUGGACUCUUUGCAUAACUUUAACAGCUUUACCACUUAUUCCGCUUGAUUACUUCAGACCUCAUGAAUUCUACACGCAGUCUGGCUUCUGCUUACCACUUAUGUUGAAUUAUGAUCCUUCAAAAGAAGCCACGUUAAACGCACGUAAAAGCACCGGAUUGGAGGACGGCAUUGCUUUAAACAGACAAAGACAGCAAACUUACUCCCAUUUUAACGGUUGGGAGUAUUCUUUUGCUCUCUUUAAUGUUGUCAAUCUUUUAGCCUUUCUUCUUAUAGCUGCUGGCUACUUGGCUAUAUUUGUUGCUACUAUGAUCUCUAAAUCAAAAUCCAAACAAGGCUCGGGACAAGAGCAAGAAAGGAGGAUGGCGUUAAAACUGAUGUGGAUCGUGGGUACCGACUUCUGCUGCUGG